ACUUGCUUGAGAGAUCAACUUGUUUAAAUUACACAACAAUUUAUUCUAUUUUGAGCAAUUGAAUAUGCGAAAAAUAGUAAGUGGCGGCAACGUGCAUCUUCUUCUUCUCCCUCAUUCUUAAACUCCCCAAACUCAAAACUAAAUCCCCUAGAUUCCUCUGCACAAAUUCCUAUCCAUGCCACCGCUUCCUCAAAAUCCACUCCGACUCAAAAAAAGAAAAAAAUCAUCAAACAAAUGAGAGGCCAAAUUCCUCAAACAAAGGCACUCAACGAUCUAUGGUUGAUGAUGGUCCACUGUUUCUGGCCGCCGCCUCUCUCCAUCUCCUUCCCCACCCUCUCUCCGCCGCAGUCGCCCACGACAUCGCGGUGCCUCCAUAUUUCUCCAACAGCUUUUGGCUGCUCUUCAUUGGGAUUUCGAUGGUGCUGAUGCUAUUCGGAAUAGUCACUUUGUUGAUCGAUUUUAGUAAGCAUGAGGUGUGGAGUAGUGUUUUUAUAGGAAGAAAGAAGUUGAAAAAUGGAAUGAAGACAUGGGAUGAAAUGGGGAGUUCUGAUGGGGAGUCUUUUUCAAGUCCUAGCUUUGAUGUGCAGCCGAAUAUCUGCAUUCAUGUGGGCAGGAAUUUUGAUUUAAGAAGAUUAGUAAGAUGUUAAAAUUAGUAUUUCAU